AUGGAGCUUGCAUAUUGUAGAUGGAUGUAUAAUCGGACUUAUCCUAAUCAUAGUGGAUUGAGGGAGGAAUUUAUAGAAGGGGUUGCUGAAUUUGUGGCUAAAGCGAAAACACUUCAUGAAUUUCUUAGUGAAGGGAUGAUUAGGUGCCCUUGUGUCAAAUACAAGGGUGCAAAGUUAUUACAGCCAGAUAUUGUUAAAGUUCAUCUUUAUAAAAAAAGAUUUAUGGAAAAUUAUUACGUGUGGACUAUUCAUGGAGAGGAUGUUGCUAGUGUUGAUAACGUCGAUUUUCAAAAUUUUUUUGGUAGUGAGGGUAGCCCAUUAGCAGAGAAUAAUACUGAAAAUUCUCGAUUCAGUGAAAUGGUUAGGGAUGCUUUUGUGAUGCACCCAGAGGCUCAGUCUGAACCAAAUGAGGAUGCUAAGCGCUUCUAUGAACAAUUACAGGAAGCAAGUCGUCCAUUGUAUGAAGGCUCAAUGCAUUCUAAGUUGUCUGUCGCAGUUAGAUUAUUAAGUAUUAAAUCGGAUUCAAGUAUUUCUCAAGCGGGCAUGGACUCUAUCAUUGGCCUUAUGAAUGAACAUAAUCCGAAUAAAAUUGACCCACCCAAAGAUUUCUACACAGCAAAGAAAUUGGUUUCUAAGUUAGGACUUUCAUCAGAAAGGAUUGACUGUUGUGAGAAAGGUUGCAUGUUAUUCUAUAAGGAUGAUGCAGCCUUAGAAAAUUGCAAAUUUUGUGACCAACCUCGUUACAAAAAAGUCAUAAAUUCAAAAAGCAAGAAGGUUCCAGUUAAGGCGAUGCAUUACUUACCCCUUAUACCUAGGUUAAAGAGGUUAUAUGCAUCAAUGGGCUCUGCUCCUCAUAUGAAAUGGCACUAUGAAAAUAGAAGGCCACCUGGUAUUCUGUGUCAUCCGUCAGAUGGAGAAGCAUGGAAGCAUUUUGAUAGGGUGUUUCCGGAUUUUGCUAGUGAACCAAGAAAUAUUAGGUUGGGUUUAUGUGCAGACGGAUUCACUCCCUUUUCCGUCUCUGCUGCACCAUAUUCAUGUUGGCCAGUGUUUGUUACGCCGUAUAAUCUUUCUCCUGAGCUGUGUAUGACAAGUCCAUAUUUGUUCCUAGCUUGCAUUGUUCCAGGUCCGCGCAAUCCAAAAAUUUUGAUUGAUGUAUACAUGCAACCUUUAAUUGACGAGUUAAAGUUAUUGUGGCAUGAAGGGAAGUUAGCUUGCCCAACUUGUAUGGAAGACACAAAAGCAUUCACGUUGAAACAUGGAGGAAAGAAUACAUGGUUUGACUGCCACCGUCGAUUCUUGCCUAUAGAUCACGAGUUUAGGAGAAAUACUAGUGCAUUUAUGAAGAACCAAACUGAUUUUGAGGAGCCACCGUCACCAUUGUCGCCAGAAGAAAUUUGGAACAAAGUUAGGUUUCUACCAAAGGUAACAAAGUCUCCAAUAUCUAAUAAGAUGCCUGGUUAUGGUGUUACGCACAAUUGGACUAAACAGAGCAUAUUUUUGGAGUUACCUUAUUGGAAGCAUAAUCUUCUUCAGCAUAAUUUGGAUGUCAUGCAUAUCGAGAAAAACUUUUUUGACAACUUGUUUAAUACAAUAAUGGAUGUCAAUAGCACAAAAGAUAACUUGAAGGCUAGGAUGGACUUAAAGGAAUAUUGUAGGCGAAGUGAGUUAUACCUGACAUACUUGAACAACAAGAUUCAGAAGCCUAAGGCCAGUUACACAUUCACUUUGGAUGAGAGAAGAGAGAUUUGUGAUUGGGUUAAGAAUUUAAGGAUGCCUGAUGAAUAUGCAUCAAACUUAUCCAAGUGUGUUGACAUGAAAGAAGGGAAGUUGACGUCUAUAAAGAGCCAUGAUUGUCACAUUUUCCUCGAAUCUUUGAUGCCUAUUGCAUUCAAAGCCUUGCCUGAUAGAAUAUGGAAACCCAUUACUGAGAUAAGUUUAUUUUUCAAGGAGUUGUGUUCUAGCACAUUAAAGGUGGGGAACUUAGCUUACAUGGAGAACAUUUGCUUAACUUUAAACAAGCUGGCGAAAAUUUUUCCUCUUGGGUUUUUUGAUGUAAUGGAACAUCUUCCAAUUCAUCUUGCACAAGAGGCACGAUUGGAGGGCCUGACUAUUGGAAAAUGUAAGCGGAUCGUAAAAAAUCGAUCCAGGAUUGAGGGAUUGAUAUGCGAGGCACAUAUGGCUAAAGAAACUUCUUUUUUCUGUUCAUAUUAUUUUGAAUAUGCUGUGCCAUGUUUGAGAAAUAGGCCAAAUCGGCAUGAUGAUGGAGGUGUUAAUGAUCCUUUGGCACCACCAUUUUCCAUAUUCAAUCAUCCAGGUAGAGGUCCGAAAACUAGUAAAAAGCGAAAUUUGACUGAGAUGGAGAAAAAAUCAGUUUGGAGAUCUUGGAUAGUUACUACCUUAGGCUUUCGGGAAGGGAAUCUUGUCACGACCCCAGUUCACCCUCCAUGA